AUGACUUUCUCCUUUCAAACCCUUCAACAAAUUCCGUGUAAUUCCCCAUUAUAUUUAUUCACAUUAAAACAAAAAAUAAAAAUUAUUUUCAAUAAUUAAUUUGUGUGUGUUGCUGCAUUCUACGAGUGCCAACUUCUCAACGUCCGCCACAAGCCACAACCCAACUCAACUAUUUCCCCCAAUUGUUGAAACAAAAAUUCCAUCUUUAAACAAACCCACAUCAAAUCUUGUGAAAUCUGUAAUCUUUUGAAACACCCACAUCAAAUCUUGAAAAAAUCUGUUAACUUUGUGGGUCAAAGUUGUAAAAACAGAUGGAAAACGGCAAUAACAGCGGUUGCGGUAGUAGUAGUAGUGGUGAGAAGCAUACCCACAGUCUGAGGCUGUCUGAUGUGGUCUCUGAUUGUUCAAGAAGAUGGUUUCAAGAUACCCUUAAAGAGGCCAAAGCAGGGGAUCUGUCUAUGCAGGUUUUGGUUGCUCAGAUGUACUUUAAUGGUUAUGGGAUUCCAAAAGAUCAUCAAAAGGCAAAAAUUUGGAUGACAAGAGCUGCAAGAGUCCGAUCUUCAGUUUGGAAAGUUAGCAAUAAACGUCCAGGUUAUAACGCAAGUGAUUCUGAUUCAGAAGAGUUGUUGGAUGAUUCUUGAUAGGAUGAGAAGUUUCUUUUGCAGGGAUCUUGGAUUUGUUCAUCAUAUAAAUCAUUUGUACGAAAUUGGGCGGGGUUUUUUGAUGCAUUUUUUCGUGUUCUCAAAGCUGUGUUCUUUUUAAAUCUUUCUGUACAAUCGACAGGUUUUUUGGUUUUGGUUUACGACGAUGAACAGUGUGUGAUUUUCUAGGUUUUGUGAAUUUUGAUGAACUGAUCGAAGUCCGGUUUAUCAUUUCGUUUUCUUUUAUAUUAUCUGUUAGAGGGUUUCUGCCUUUAGAAUCUCCCAUAUUUUUUAACCUGGCAAUAAAAGGGUGAAGGAUGUUUUUUUUUU